CGGCGCGGCCCCACCCUCCCCGCGCAUGCUCAGUGCCGCUCCCCCCCCGCCCCGGGGCGGGCGCGCAUGCGCGGUGGGGCCCGGGGGUUGCAGCAGCUCCAGCGCGGCGGCGGUUCGGGCUUCGGGGCUCGCGGGCGCGGGGAGAGGCGAUGGCCGACGACCUGGACUUCGAGACGGGCGACGCGGGGGCGUCGGCCACGUUCCCCAUGCAGUGCUCGGCGCUGCGCAAGAACGGCUUCGUGGUGCUCAAGGGCCGCCCCUGCAAGAUCGUGGAGAUGAGCACCUCCAAAACGGGCAAGCACGGCCACGCCAAGGUAGCCACGGCCCCGGGGAGGGGCUGGGCUCGGAGUGGGGGGGCGCAGAAUUCCCGAAAUUCCGGAGGAAAUCCCGAAAUCCUGAGUUGAGUCAGCCCCGAGUGA